AUGCUAUUGCCCCACACAACUACCCCUUAUUAUGAUAUAGCAGAACCAAAAAGUAAUGCAUUGCCCUCAUUCAGCGAGUUGCUAACGUCCAUUCCACUACCUACAAGCUUUAAACCAAGAAGCGAUAGCAAUGUGUCUGCAUCCUCGGUGAACACAUCGAACUCAGGUUCUUGUGUAGGAUUAUCUACUAUGCCAGCUCCACAACUACUACAUCAAGUACCCCAACAGCAACACCAGCAACAACACCAGCAACAACACCAGCAACAACACCAGCAACAACACCAGCAACAGACACAACACCAGCAACAGUCACAACAGCAACAACAGACACAGGCGUAUCGACCUUCACCUCAUUCAUACUACAGCCAACCGUCCAUACACCACAGACUACCCACACCGCCACCACCUUAUCACCAACUACAAACUCCUAAACAACAGUAUCAGUAUCAGUACCAAGUAGUUGGCUCAAAUAGAACAGCUUUUAUUGCUCCACAACCUAUACCCUCAAACUGUUCAUCCAACGUUGACCCCUUGACUCCAGUGUCGGCUUCAGCGGACAAAAAAGUACGGUCAUCAUCUGUUAGCGAUAUCCCCAUCACACCUGUCAUUGCCAAUUUCCCAGAAUCCUCGUCCUACAAUCAGUAUCAGCAAACAAAUAUACACCACGUAUCGACAGCCGCAUCAACGUCAACAUCCGCACCAACAAGUACAUGCUCAUCGGGUACGUCUCCAGUAAUGCAGAACCACCCAAAUAAAGAUUCACGCAGAAAGCACGUUUGCAAACUAUGCUCAAGAUCAUUUACAACCAGUGGCCACUUGGCUAGGCACAAUCGCAUCCAUACAGGUGAGCGUAAACACAAAUGCCCUUGGCCCACAUGUGAUGCAAGGUUUGCCAGACAAGAUAACUGCAUGCAACACUACAAGACUCAUACGAAUGGCAAAAACAAGAGAUCGAGGAAAUACGUCGUGCAAGGUGAAUACGAUGGCGCUUCGAUUGCUGGUGUUGUAGGAAUGGGAAUGAGAGUGGGAGUAGGAGUAGGGGUAGGGGUAGGGUUGGUACCAAGAAUGGACGAUGUGUCUAUUCCAAAUGGAAAUCAGCAUUUAGCUGGGGUUUCGCAAUUGACAAGGUAUGAAUGA